GGUAAAUCUCGGCCAUGACGUGAGAUUGCAAACACGCGGAAACGCUAAAGGCUGACGAGCCGGAUAGUAGUAGGUACUCCGUUCUUCCCGAAGGGCAUGACACCAGAGGGCCGUUUGGCCGGAUCAUACAUCCACAUGUAGCCGCUCAACGGUAGGCAGGAACAGAAAGGACGCUGGUAGAAAACAUCACAAAUAUCUUAUUCUCCCACACUUGUCAGCAUUAUUGGCCUUCCUAUAUUCAGAACGAUUAUAUUAUUUGUCACCUUGUUGAACUUUUUGUUGAGUCUGCGGCUGGAAGACGGAUCAUAAGCCAUUCGAGUCACAAAACCUUCCGUUGUUACCACGACCACAACCCGAACAACUGUCCAACUCACUGACAAGACUCCUCGUCAACUGUUCGAGCUCCCCUGGCAUUAACAAAAUGGCGACCGUGCCCCUUUCCCGAAAUGAUCUCAAUGUCCUCGAGAAGAUCAAGGAUCCCGACUUUGAUCCGUCGGCCAGCAUCUUGCUUGAUCUCUCCCUUCCUCGGGACCCCCAGAUCACCGAUACGUCGGUGUACGAACGCGUUAUCCAGAAGGAGCGUGAAAUCAUCUUGUCCAUGCAACAGCUGGAACUUCAGUUGGCAGGACUGAAACCACAAACUGUCUCCGAACCGGUGCAGGAAUACCAGCGCCUCGUAUCCCAGCUAAAUGACUUCAUUACCGAAUACCCAAACUAUGCCAGCGCGAGAAACAACCGGGUCCAAGCAUUGAGACGACUCUGUGGCGACACCAUGCUACUGGGUGGCCAGAUAGAAGAUGCCAAUCGGUUAAUUCAGCAUCCAGACCCUGCCGAGAAGCAACGAAUGGCGGCUGUGGCUCUGGAAGACCUCGAGAGGUCCAUCUCUCUUCUGUCGCCAAAAAUGGCGUUUGCCGCCAUCUCCCCCCAAGCUGCGAAGACCCUCUCUCUCGCUUACACCCAGAGGGCAGCUAUUUACCACACGACUGGAAAGCACAUCGGUGAGGGAAGGGCGUCGCUCGAAGAUGGAAGAAGGGAGUCGAAGUGGAGCAAGCUGGACUUUGAAGAGGCGGCGUCUCGAGACUUUGCCAUGGGUGGGAGGUACGGGAAUGACAUCGCGAAAGGGUUGGCCGUGAGCACGAAUCCCACGGCUAAGCUUUGUGGACAAAUGGUGCGCGAGGCGAUGAAGAAGGAGUAUGGUCCGGCGUACGGAAACUGAUGCAUGCGUCGAGUUUAGUUGCAAAGGCGAAUGGUUAUGAGUGCUUUGUGAUCUUGGAAGCCGAUGGCCCGUCACCAGGUCCCUAAUUAUUGUUUCUGGUAGAUGGAUCGCAUUUUCUAUGGCGUCUGGAAACUUAUGACGCAUUGAAGAGCUUGCCUAAACGUCU